UCAUGUCGCAAAUGCCUCCGAGUCAAUGCGCCUCAGACCUUCUUCCAGAUCAUUACCCUUCUCAAUCACUCGCUCCCUUCUUCGUCACUUAUACAAGUUCUCCACGAGUACAAACAAGGCCACUCAACUGGGUCGAAACCCAGAAGCCCUUCUGCCUUCCCAUCUCUUGCAAGCUUGCUUACACCAAUGCAAACGAUUCAAAACCCACAAUCUGUUCGACGAAAUGCCUCGAAUACGGGCUCAAGCUUCAAAUACCAGCAAAAUUAUCCAUGCCCAGAGCCUAAAGCUUGGUGUCGGCCCUGUCGGGUCAAAAGGGUCGCUAGGAACCGCUAUUGCCAAGUGUGGCAAUGUGGACUUUGCUGAGAAGGCGUUUAACGGGCUGGAGAAGAGGGACGUAUUGGCUUGGAACUCGGUUCUUUGCUUGUACUCGAGGCGGGGGUGGUUGGAACAGAUUGUGAAGUCUUUUGGGUUACUGAGGGAACGUGGGGUAUUGCCAAAUGAGUUCACGCAUGCAAUCGUUUUGUCCGCUUGUGCAAGAUUGGUGGAUGUUGAGUAUGGCAGGCAAGUCCAUUGUAGUGUUGUUAAGACGGGGCUCGAGUCAAGCUCUUUCUGUGAAGGUGCACUAAUUGAUAUGUAUGCCAAGUGCAAUCGUGUGAGUGUUGCUCGGAGAAUAUUUGAUGGGGCUGAGGAUUUAGGCACAGUUUCUUGGACUGCCAUGAUUGCUGGUUACGUUCAAGCUGGUUUACCUGAAGAGGGGCUCAAAGUGUUUGAGGAGAUGCAGAAAGUUGGCCGUGCUCCAGACCAGGUGGCCUUUGUGACUGUCAUAAGUGCGUGUGUAAAAAUUGGAAGGCUUGAUGAUGCACGUCAAUUGUUUGCCAAGAUGCCCAAUCCGAAUGUUAUUGCAUGGAAUGUGAUGAUUUCUGGGCAUGCCAAGGAAGGUUAUGUUGCGGAAGCUUUUACAUUUUUCCUAAAAAUGAGGAAAGCUGGAGUAACAUCCACAAGAUCUACACUUGGGAGUGUUUUAAGUGCAAUUGCCAGUUUGGGGGCUCUAGAUUAUGGUUUGUUAGUUCAUGCUCAGGCAAUUAAGCAGGGGUUGGAUUCUAAUGUCUAUGUGGGCAGCUCUUUGAUUAAUAUGUACGCCAAGUGUGAGAAUCUGGAUCCUGCAAAGAAAGUAUUUGAUGCUUUAGAUGAGAAAAAUGUUGUCUUGUGGAAUGCGAUGCUUGCAGGUUAUGCACAGAAUGGGUGUGCCCAUAAAGUCAUUGAAUUAUUCUCUAAUAUGAAAGGAUCUGGCUUUCAUCCUGAUGACUUUACCUACACUAGCAUUCUAAGUGCAUGUGCUUGCUUGGAAUAUCUAGAAACAGGCCGCCAAUUGCAUUCUUUUAUUAUCAAGAACAGACUGUCAUCAAAUUUAUUUGUGGGUAAUGCAUUGGUUGAUAUGUAUGCUAAAUCAGGGGAUCUGAAAGAGGCGAGGAAGCAGUUUGAGCUCAUAAGCAAUCAAGACAAUGUCUCUUGGAAUGCAAUUAUUGUGGGGUAUGUGCAGGAAGAGAAAGAGGAUGAGGCUUUCUACAUGUUCCGAAGAAUGAAUUUGUGUGGACUCGUCCCUGAUGAGGUGUCCCUGGCCAGUAUACUCAGUGCUUGUGCAAGUGUUCAAGCACUUGACCAAGGAAAACAAGUCCAUUGUCUUUCUGUUAAAUCUGGUCUGGAAACAAGUGUUUAUGCUGCGAGCUCCCUUAUUGACAUGUAUGUGAAGUGUGGGGUGAUUGGGGCUGCAUGCAAAGUUUUCUCUUGCAUGCCUGAGCGAAGCGUGGUCUCCAUGAAUGCUAUGAUUGCUGGGUAUGCUCAAAAUAAUUUAGAGGAAGCAAUAGAUUUGUUUUGCAAGAUGCAGGCUACAGGAAUGAAUCCAACUGAAAUCACUUUGGUAAGCCUUUUAGAUGCGUGUAAUGGACCACUUAUGCUAACACUAGGAGUCCAAAUCCACUGCGUUACAGUAAAGCGGGGCCUUUUGAAUCGUGGUGACUUCUUGCGUGUCUCCCUGUUGGGCAUGUACUUGAAAUCCAAAAGAAAAGCAGAUGUGGAUAUUCUUUUCUCAGAGUUUCCAAAUCCAAAAAGCAUAGUGUUAUGGACUGCUGUCAUUUCAGGACUUACUCAAAAUGAUUGCAGUGAGGAGGCUUUGCAGUUAUAUCGAGAAAUGCGGAGCGAGAAUGCCCUACCAGACCAGGCUACUUUUGCUAGUGUCCUUCGUGUUUGUGCUGUCUUAUCUUCUUUGAUAGAUGGUAGGGAGAUCCAUUCCCUCAUCUUCCACACUGGUUUUGACUUAGAUGAGUUAACAUGUAGCGCCCUUGUAGAUAUGUAUGCUAAAUGUGGGGACGUAAAAAGCUCUGUUCAAGUUUUUGAAGAAAUGGGUUGUAAAAAUGAUGUUAUUUCUUGGAACUCUAUGAUAGUGGGGUUAGCAAAAAAUGGUUAUGCCGAAUAUGCACUUAAGAUAUUUAAUGAGAUGAAGCAAACGUGUGUUAUGCCUGAUGAUGUCACAUUCCUUGGUGUUCUCACUGCAUGUAGUCAUGCAGGGAGAGUAUCUGAAGGCCGUCAGAUCUUUGACACUAUGGUCAAUUAUUAUGGCAUCCAGCCCAGAGUAGAUCAUUGUGCCUGCAUGGUUGAUCUUUUUGGCCGAUGGGGUUUCCUUAAAGAAGCGGAGGAAUUCAUUGACAAACUAAAAUGUAAACCUGAUGCUAUGAUUUGGGCCACCUUACUUGGUGCUUGCAGAUUACAUGGAGAUCACAUAAGGGGGCAGCGGGCGGCUGAGGAACUCAUUGAGUUAGAUCCGCAAAAUUCUUCAUCCUAUGUGCUACUUUCUAAUUUAUAUGCUGCAUCAGGAAACUGGGAUGGAGUUAAUUUUUUGAGGAGGGCAAUGAAAGAAAAAGGAGUUAGAAAAGUGCCUGGAUGUAGCUGGAUUGAAGUGGGACAAAAGAAGAACUUAUUUGUUGCCGGGGAUACGUCUCAUACCAGUGCGGAUGAAAUCCAUGCAACUCUGAAGGAUUUGACUGCACUAAUGAAAGAAUAUGGUUAUGUUGCUGAGACUGAUUCUUUUUUGCAUGACGAAGAGUGCUAAAGGCGCUCUUAUGUCUAUUCUUGCUCUAGCAAACAUUGAAAAUCCUUUCUGUGCAUGCCACAGAGGAUAAAGUUGGCUAGACCAAUGUUUCAUUAGUGCAGUCAAAUCCUGAAUGGCCAUUUGGCUAAGAGCAGGAUGAAUAAGUUGGCUUGACCAAUGUUUUUGGAGGUCUAGAUCUGCAUAAAGCCUUCAUUUCUGAUUCUCUGUGUGGGGACUCUGUCACUCAAGCAUUUCCAGCGUCCUAUCAAUUUGGGGAAGUAGAAGUGUCUUGACGGCUCAAAUUGAUCCAUCCAGACUACAGAGUAUCAGGACUCAAUAUUAAAUUACAGUGUCUCACCCAU